CAAUAACCGAAGAUAUUUUACAUUAUUUUAUUAAUUAACUUUAUCUCUUCGCAAAUCGCAAGUUCGCAUACAUGUUCAUUUCCGGUUUCUGAAGUCUCCAUCUUCUAACCUCCGUCCUUUGUUCCUUCCUCCACAGCACACCAAUGGAGCGAGCGGCGCUAAUUCACUCAUUUUCCUCCUCAUCUCCUUCCUCUGCACUCGCCUCCACCAGAUUAUUCUCCCGCUCGCUCCAUCGCCAAGCUCGCCUCCCCAAGCGCCGCCGCUUGGUCCCCAGCGGCCACCGCCGCUCCCUACUCCGGAGACACCUAGGCCUCGUUCCGCCAGUCUCCCGACCUUUCCUUAAACCGAAAAGACACUUCUGCCAUCUCUCCGUGCGCGCGGUUUCCACUUCCACUGUUCAGUCACCGCCUGAGGUUUUGGGAGCGGAUGAAGACGCGGCGGAGAAGCUCGGGUUCGAGAAGGUGUCGGAGGAAUUCAUCGUCGAGUGUAAUUCUCGGGCGGUGCUGUAUAAGCACAAGAAGACUGGCGCCGAGAUCAUGUCAGUGAUGAAUGAUGACGAGAACAAAGUCUUUGGCAUUGUGUUCAGGACUACUCCAAAAGAUUCGACUGGAAUUGCUCACAUUUUGGAACACAGUGUGCUUUGUGGUUCGCGAAAAUACCCUCUGAAAGACCCAUUUGUUGAGUUGUUGAAAGGGAGCUUGCAUACGUUUCUGAAUGCAUUCACAUAUCCUGAUAUGACUUGUUAUCCUGUAGCCUCCACUAACGCAAAGGAUUUCUAUAACCUGGUUGAUGUGUACUUAGACGCUGUCUUUUUCCCCAAGUGUGUGGAAGACAUUAAAAUCUUUCAACAGGAAGGUUGGCAUUACGAACUGAACGACCCGUCGGAAGAUAUAAUUUAUAAAGGUGUUGUUUUCAAUGAGAUGAAAGGUGAUUAUUCUCAGCCUGGCAACAUACAUUACACGGCUUCCCAACAGGCUCUUUUUCCGGACAACACUUAUGGACACGAUAGUGGUGGUGAUCCACAAGUAAUUCCCAAACUAACAUUCGAAGAAUUUAAGGAGUUCCACCGAAAAUAUUACCAUCCGAGCAAUGCAAGAAUAUGGUUUUACGGAGAUGAUGAUCCAACCAAAAGGCUACGCAUUUUAAGUGAAUAUCUAGAUAAGUUCAAAGCAAGUUCAGCUCCUGAGGAAUCAAGAAUUGAUUAUCAGAAAUUGUUUUCCGAACCAGUCAGGAUUGUCGAGAAGUAUCCUUCUGAUGACGUGAAAAAGUCGCGCAUUGUGUGCUUAAAUUGGCUCCUCUCUGAAGCACCACUUGACUUGGAAACUGAGCUGGCCCUAGGCUUUCUGGAUGACUUAUUGUUGGGAACUCCUUCUUCACCUUUGACAAAAAUUCUUCUAGAGAGCCGCCUCGGAGAUGCUAUUUUUGGUGGGGGGCUUGAAGAUGAGCGCCUUCAGCCUGUGUUCAGCAUUGGAUUAGAAGGUGUAUCAGAUGACGACAUUCAAAAAGUAGAAGAUCUGAUCACGACCACACUUGCGAAAUUGGUGGAGGAAGGCUUCGAUUCUGAUGCUGUGGAGGCAUCAAUGAACACGAUUGAAUUUUCACUCAGAGAAAACAACACCGGUUCAUCUCCUCGUGGAUUAGAACUUAUGCUAAGCUCUAUGGGGAAUUGGAUAUAUGAUAAGGAUCCAUUCGAGCCGUUAAAAUAUCAAGGACCUCUAAAUGCAUUGAAAGCCAGAAUAGCUGAAGAAGGCUCCAAAGCAGUCUUUGCUCCCUUAAUAGAAAAAUUCAUUUUGAACAACCCACACCGUGUAACUGUAGAAUUGCAGCCUGAUCCGGAGAAGGCUUCCCGCGAUGAAGCAGCUGAGAGAGAAAAAUUGGAGAAGGUCAAAUCUAGUUUGACCCCAGAGGAUCUUGCUGAGCUGGUUCGUGCAACGCAUGAACUCAAGUUGAAACAGGAGACUCCUGACCCACCUGAAGCUUUGAAAUGUGUACCAAGCCUUUCUUUGUGGGACAUUCCUAAAAAACCUAUGCACAUUCCUAUUGAGAUUGGCGAUAUCAAUGGUGUGAAGGUUUUGCGGCAUGACCUUUUCACAAAUGAUGUCCUAUAUGCAGAAGUUGUAUUCAAUAUGAGCUCUUUGAAGCAGGAGCUUCUUCCUUUGUUACCACUAUUCUGCCAGUCACUGCUUGAGAUGGGUACAAAGGACAUGGAUUUUGUACAACUAGACCGAUUAAUCGGAAGAAAAACUGGUGGGAUAUCAAUAUAUCCUCUUAUAUCAUCGGUUCAUGGACGGGAGGACCCAUGCUGCCGUUUAAUUGUUCAAGGCAAAGCUAUGUCAGAACGUACUGAAGAUUUAUUUAAUUUGGUCAACUGUGUGAUUCAAGAUGUUCAGUUGACGGACCAAAAGCGUUUUAAGCAGUUUGUGUCUCAAAGCAGAGCCAGAAUGGAGCAACGAUUAAGCGCUUGUGGGCAUGACAUUGCAGCUACAAGAAUGGAUGCCAAGCUCAACACUGCUGGUUGGAUCUCUGAAAAAAUGGGUGGUCUCAGUUACCUCGAAUUCUUACGAGCUCUUGAAAAGAAAGUUGAUGAUAUCUGGCCUGCAAUAUCUUCUUCCCUCGAGGAGAUACGCAGAACAUUGAUUUCGAAGAAUGAUUGCCUCAUAAAUCUGACUGCUGAUGCUAAAAAUCUCGAGAGCGCAGAGAAACAUGUCAGCAACUUUGUAGAUAUGCUUCCCAACGCACCUCCAGUCAGAUCAGCAGCUUGGAGUGCUCGACUCCCUCCCAAAAAUGAAGCCAUUGUGAUACCUACAAAGGUGAAUUAUGUUGGAAAAGCAACUAACCUUUUUGAGAGUGGUUAUCAACUUAAAGGCAGCUCGUAUGUUAUCUCCAAUUACUUGAGCAACACAUGGCUGUGGAAUCGUGUGCGUGUCAGUGGUGGAGCAUAUGGAGGAUUUUGUGAUUUCGACUCUGAUUCAGGUGUGUUCUCUUAUUUGUCUUACAGAGAUCCCAAUUUGUUGAAGACGCUCAAUGUUUAUGAUGGAACAAGCAAGUUUUUGAGGGAACUUGAAAUGGACAAUGAUGCCCUCACUAAGGCUAUUAUUGGGACUAUUCGUGAGAUUGAUGCUUAUGAGCUACCUGAUGCCAAAGGAUAUAGCAGGUAAGCUGAUUGAUGU